AUGGCCUCAGAUAAAGUCACGUCACUGUCUCUCAUUAUUAUCAUCAUCUCCACUGCACCAUUACAAGGGUCUUUUGACCUCAACGUUGCUUUUCUCGUAUCUUCCUCCUGGUGUGGCCAGAGAGAGAGUGAGGAGAGGGGAGCAAAGACUCCUGGGUCUUGCUUAGAGGGGUCCAUCCGGAAGACCCCGCUGGUGCUCCUGGGAAAUGGUGGGGAGGAACGCCCCGCUCCGUGGGUCUUUUGGACUCUGCAUGUGUCGUUUCACCCGUCUUCGCCAGAUCACAGGCCCGCAUGGGAAGCAACGACUUACAGCGGGUACCUAGUCGUUGCCUCUUCCAGUCCCGGCUGUUUCCCACUGAAAAUCUUUGACCUUCGGGGUCUGGAAGCCAGGAGCCUCGCUGAACUUGAACCCCCAAAGCAUGAUGCUGUGAUGUCACAAGGCGGCCAGACACCCCAGGCCCUGAUAUCCCCACGCGCCCCUCGGUCCAAACGCCGGCGACCGCCGCUCUCCAGGAAUGUACCUGACCGCAGCCGGAAGCGGCUGAGCGCAGAGCGAGCAGAAUCGAAGGACAGCGCAGGCCAACCUAACGCCCUAGCGAUCUCCAGAGAAGACCUGGACCCUCCAACGGUCUUCUUGUCGUUCGCCAACAGGCUUUUGAGGGUCGUUUAAGCACUCCAAAGUAUACUGGUGGCCAAACUUUUACAAAAUAAAAUAAGCGCUGUUCCACAUGGGAGCCAUUUAGCUACAGCCGCGUGAAAGAUGGCUUGUCCGAACUGAGAUGUGCUAUGAAACACACACUGUGUUUUGAAGACCUAGCAUGAAAAAUAUAUGUAUUGAUCACAUAUUGAAAUGAUAAAUAGUUUUAAUAUAUUGGUUUACGUGAAAAUACUUUAUUAAAACUACUGGGUUUUUUUGGGUUUUUUUUUUUACAUUUUAAAAGAGGCGAUUAGAAAAUUUAAAUUACCUGUGUGAUUUCUAUUAUGUUUCUGUUGGACAGCGCUAUUAUGUUUUUUGAGGUUGAUUUAUGUAGAAUAUUUAUGACGUUCGGUUCAUGCAAUAUAGUGUAAGUUCUGUUUUCUGUCACCAGGUGGCUGCCUCAUUCAAUAGACUAUAUUUUAAAACUGCUUUCUUGUGAAACAUAUGACUGCAGAUAUUUUACUAUAUUUUCAUUUCAAAUAUUUUACUUGUAAUAUUGACCGUUUACGUAACAUAUAUAAAUGUAAACAUACAUAAACAUAGAAAAAGAUAAGUUUUA